AUGCACGGGCACGCGCACCUCCAUGGGCGCAAGGUGGAGGAAGUCGAGCCGCGAGGCAAUAUCGAAGAGCGUGGAGAUGUUGUCAUCGUGUACAAGACUAUGGAUCAGGACUUUGACGGCGAAGUUGGAGGCUACGUGACUGGAGAUCAGCAAACGACCGCAGCGGAAACCGCGACGCAGAAGAACGUUGGCGUCGGUGCCGCCGUCGGAGUGCACGCUACUACGACCAAAGAUCAGACGACCGAGGCCAAGACGACCGAUGAGGCAACCACUACCAAGGCCAAAGAGGAACCGACUACCACGCAGCAUACUGAGGCCAAGACCACUCAGGAGACCUCAGCACAAACCACCGAAACCACCGAGACCCAGGCUGAGACCACAAAGAACACUGAAACAAGUGACACACAGGCGUACAGUACCACCACUAGCCAGAACUCACAGGAUUCUGUAACAACAACCUCAUUUGUGACAUCCGCCUCGCCAACUUCGGAAUCAAGCAACAUCGACAAUAUACUUGCUGCCACAUCCGGUGCCUCGGCUACUGACUCGUCCGCUUCCGCUUCAAGCACUGCUCUUGGAAGCAGUGCCUCCGAAGGUAUAACUGGCGGUGCCAAGGCUGGAAUAGCUAUCGGUGUUAUCUUCGGUGUCGGAAUCAUUGCGGCCUUGAUCUUCUUCUGCGUCCGCAAGAAGAAGAAGCAGUCCCAAGAUGGAUACCAGCAAGAGAGCGAGAAAGCAUUCGGCGGCGAGGGCUUACCCGAAGGCUAUUCUGCUUCUCUGCCAGUGCCCCCACCCAAGCCACAGACACAAAUGCAGCCGCAGGCCCCUUCAGGCCCUCCCAUGCUGAAUGUUCGCCCCGUUACUCAAUUUGCACCUGAUCUGAACUCUGGCAAUGGCUUCAACCCGGCGGCAGCUAGUGCAGCUGGCGCUGCAGCUGGCUCGGCAGCUAUUGCUUCUCGAAACCUCACUGGUGAAUCGCCACCUUCUACUCCUCCCAAGCCUGCUGUAGACAGCCCCAAUCCGUUCAGCGACCCAGUGAAUCCAUUUGGGUCAGCUCUGACUCCCGUUACUGAGGGUCCGCCCUCGAUCGUCGAAACAACCACCGGCUCUGCUGGACCAACUGCCGCAGCCGCGGUCGCUGGUACAGCUGUAGCAGGAAAUGCUGUUUCAUCGAGACACUCCAAUGAUUCUGAUAGCUAUCAGUCUGCACACUCUCAUGGCUCCUCCCCAGUCGAAGUUAGCAAAUCCGCGACAAUGCCUGCCUAUGUUGAAGGUGUUGCCGAAGGAGGUGCAGGCGCUGCUGCCGUCGCCGCCGGCCCAGUGAUUGCUGGGCCCGGUGGCCCUCCGCCACCUAACAACGUUCACCGUGUUCAGCUGGACUUCAACCCUUCCAUGGAGGAUGAGCUGGGCCUUCACUCUGGCUCCCUCGUACGAUUGAUCCACGAAUAUGACGAUGGAUGGGCUCUAUGUAUCCGCCUAAAUGGCUCCCAACAAGGUGUGGCUCCCAGAUCUUGCUUGUCUGCACGUCCUGUCAUGCCUCGCCCUCGCCCGCCUCCUGGCGCCCGUGGGCCACCCAUUAUGGGCCCUGAUGGACGCCCAAUGAUGCCCGGUGGCCCACCCCCUGGUGGUCGUUACUACCCCCAGGACACUCGUCCAAGGUCCCCUGGUGGCCCUGGCUUCGCUGGACCUCCUCCUCGUCCUUAUCCCGGUGGCUCAAUGCCUGCCGUUCAGUUCCCAGCAGUUCCCCGUUCAGGAUCUCCUGGACCUCGCUCCAUGUCUCCUGGGCCAAAUGGAAUGCAGGGCCCUCGAUCUAUGUCCCCCGGUCCCGGUGGGAUGCCCGGCCCUCGCUCCAUGUCCCCUGGACCAAAUGGAAUGCCCGGCCCUCGCUCCAUGUCACCCGGCCCAAGACAGCCAGGCCCACGCAACAUGUCUCCCGGUCCUCGACCUGCUCCACGUUCAAUGAGCCCUGGUCCAUAUGGACCCCCGGGCAUGCAGCGACCUGUUAUGCCCGUCAACCAACAACGCCAGCGCAGCAACAGCGCUGGUAAUGUCGCUCCUCCCAUAGCCGCACAGGCCGCCCCAUCAGUCUCAAGCCCACUUGCUGCUCCAGCGCCCGCUCCCACCAGCGAGCUUCCCGCUCUUCCCGAUUCUGCACCUACAUCUCCCUCUGGCUCAAUCUCACGAAAGCCCAUCCCUCCACAGGAAGCUUAA